GGUUCCGGAGGUCGCGGCGGCUGUGGGCCAUGCUGGCGCGCGCGUCGCGGGCCACUGGAGCCCUUUUGCUGAGGGGCUCUGUGCAGGGUCCUGGCCGCGCUCCGCGCCGCGCCUCCUCCGGAUUGCCCAGAAACACCGUGGUACUGUUUGUGCCCCAGCAGGAGGCCUGGGUGGUGGAGCGAAUGGGCAGAUUCCACCGGAUCCUGGAACCUGGCUUGAACGUCCUCAUCCCUGUGUUAGACCGGAUUCGAUACGUGCAGAGUCUGAAGGAAAUUGUCAUCAAUGUGCCUGAGCAGUCGGCUGUGACUCUUGACAAUGUAACUCUACAAAUAGAUGGAGUCCUUUACCUGCGUAUUAUGGAUCCUUAUAAGGCAAGUUAUGGUGUGGAGGACCCUGAAUAUGCUGUCACUCAGCUGGCUCAGACAACUAUGAGAUCUGAGCUUGGGAAACUUUCUCUAGACAAAGUCUUCCGGGAGCGGGAAUCCCUGAAUGCCAACAUUGUAGAUGCCAUCAACCAGGCUGCUGACUGCUGGGGCAUCCGCUGCCUUCGUUAUGAGAUCAAGGAUAUCCAUGUACCUCCCCGAGUGAAAGAAUCCAUGCAGAUGCAGGUAGAGGCAGAGCGGCGGAAACGGGCCACCGUUCUAGAAUCUGAAGGGACCCGUGAGUCAGCCAUCAAUGUGGCAGAGGGGAAGAAACAGGCCCAGAUCCUGGCUUCUGAAGCAGAAAAGGCUGAGCAGAUCAAUCAGGCAGCAGGAGAGGCCAGUGCAGUUCUAGCUAAGGCGAAGGCCAAGGCUGAAGCUAUUCGAAUCUUGGCUGCAGCCCUGACUCAACAUAAUGGAGAUGCAGCAGCUUCACUGACUGUGGCUGAGCAGUAUGUCAGUGCCUUCUCCAAACUGGCCAAGGACUCCAACACGAUCUUGCUGCCUUCCAAUCCUGGUGAUGUCACCAGUAUGGUGGCCCAGGCUAUGGGUGUAUAUGGGGCCCUCACCAAAGCCCCAGUGACAGGAGCCCAGAAUCCCAGCGAGAGCAACAGAGAAGUUCAGGGCACGGAUGCAAGUCUUGAGGAACUGGAUCGAGUUAAGCUGAGUUAAUGGAGACAGCUUGUCCAGGUAGUCUGGGGACAAGGAACAACAUUCAGAUUCUGAUUUUAGCCCCUCUGCCAAGAUUUUGGUUUUUAUUUUUUUAUUUGCACUUAUUAAUCAUGUAAUAAACCCACUAGUGGCUAAUUAAAAA